AUGAGGGAUUUGAGCUACAAUCUCAUAUCUGUCCUUCGAGGAGGCCUUGCGCCGGAGCUUCCAGUGGUGGUGGAGAUUAAGCGAAAUUGGUCAGUUUAUUUCACACUGGAAAUUAAGGGUUUAGGGUUGGGUAGUUCUCUUGAGAAGGAAUGUUGUGAGAAUGGAGGUGAUGAAUUCCAGCUAGUCAAUUUAACGGUGGUGUUUGCCACAUCGUUGGGCCGCUCGAUUUGCCGAAGAUCUGAAUCUUUAUCCCCCACCUCUGUCGCCGCUGCCGCUGCUACGUCCGUCGUCAACCAGCAUAUCCGCCGCCUGCAUUUCUCUUCUCCCGCGCUCCCCACGUCCUUUCAUGACCAUCUACCCUAUGGUUACUCGAGUCCUUUAACAAUGCGCGUUGGGAGUACACGUUCAUUCAGCGAAGAUGUUGCACAUACACCUAUCAUAAAAGACCUUGAGAUCGAGAGGGCAUUCAAGGACUUAAUGGCCACAAACUGGGAUGAGCUCCCACCUGCUGUAGUCCAUGAUGUAAAAAAGGCGCUGUCCAAGAAUUCUGAUGACAAGGCUGCCCAAGAAGCCCUGACCAAUGUUUUCCGAGCAGCAGAGGCAAUUGAAGAGUUUUCAGGUAUUCUCAUGUCACUGAAGAUGGAAAUGGAUGAUGCCAUUGGGAUGAGUGGCGAGGAUGUGAAACCCAUGCCAGAAGAAUAUGUAAAGGCAAUGCGUACAAUCUUUGAUAGAUAUGUUGCUUAUUUGGAUGCAUUUGGGCCAGAGGAGAGCUAUUUGAAGAAGAAAGUGGAGAAUGAGUUGGGAACAAAGAUGAUAUACUUGAAAAUGAGGUGCAGCGGCCUUGAUUCUGAGUGGGGAAAGGUUACUGUCCUUGGAACUUCUGGAAUCUCUGGUUCUUACAUUGAGCAGAGAGCAUAG